CCAGUUUGUAGACAAGGCUUGUGGGGCUGAGGAGCCUAGAGGAACACACUUGGAACCUGGAGGCUGCAGGACCAGGACUGAAAGAGGACUAGGGAUCUGCGACACCUGGGGAAGGCCAAGGAAAUCCGACCUGAGGAGAAAGGAGGAACUGGGGAGGUGAGGAUAGUCUUCAAGGAGAAUGAACCCCACGCUGGGCCUGGCCAUUUUUCUGGCUGUUUUCCUCACUGUGAAAGGUUUCCUGAAGCCAAGCUUCUUGCCAACCAAUUAUGAAACUUUGAGCCAGGCCCAAAGGCAGAAGGAAAGAAUGGCAGCCAAGAAGCUUACAAGGCAGAACAUGGAUUUUGGCUUCAAGUUGCUUAAGAAGCUGGCCUCUAACAACCCUGGCAGGAACAUCCUUCUAUCCCCCUUGAGUAUCUCUACAGCUUUCUCCAUGCUGUGCCUGGGUGCCCAAGACAGCACUCUGGAUGAGAUCAAGACGGGGUUCAACUUCAGAAACAUGCCAGAAAAAGAUCUUCAUGAGGGCUUCCAUUAUAUCAUUCGCGAGCUGAACCAGAAUACUCAAGAUCUCAAGGUGAGCAUUGGAAACACCAUGUUCAUUGAUCAGAGGCUGCAGCCACAGAGUAAAUUUCUGGAAGAUGCUGAAAACUUUUACAGUGCUGAAACCAUCCGCACCAACUUUCAGAACUUGGAAAAUACUCAGAAGCAGAUCAAUGACUUUAUCAGUCAGAAAACCCAUGGAAAAAUUAACAACCUGAUCAAAACUAUAGACCCUGGCACUGUGAUGCUUCUUACAAAUUAUAUUUUCUUUCAAGGCAAGUGGCGACAUGAGUUUGAUCCAAAUCUAACUAAAGAGGAAGAUUUCUUUCUGGAGAAAAACAACACAGUGAAGGUGCCCAUGAUGUUCCAUAGUGACAUGUACCAAGUUGGCUAUGAUGAUAAGCUCUCUUGCACCAUCCUGAAAAUACCCUACCGGAAAAAUAUCACAGCCAUCUUCGUCCUUCCUGAUGAGGGCAAGCUGAAGGACUUGGAGGAGGGCUUGCAGGUGGAUAUUUUCUCCAGAUGGAAAACAUUACUGUCACGCAGGGUCGUAGAUGUGUCUGUGCCCAGACUCUACAUCACAGGCACCUUUGACCUGAGGAAGACCCUUUCCUACAUGGGUGUCACCAAAAUCUUCGAGGAGCAUGGUGAUCUCACCAAGAUCUCCCCUCGUCGCAGCCUGAAAGUGAGCGAGGCUGUGCACAGGGCAAUGCUGAAGAUGGAUGAGAGGGGCACGGAGGGGGCCGCAGGCACCGGAGCACAGACUCUGCCCAUGGAGACACCGCUCGUCGUCAAGAUAAACAAACCCUAUCUUCUACUGAUUUAUGACGAGAAAAUACCUUCUGUGCUCUUCCUGGGAAAGAUUGUUAACCCUACUGAAAAAUAAAGGAGCAAGAUAGACAAACCCUAUCUGCUACUGAUUUACGACGAGAAACUAUCUUCCAUGCUCUUCCUGGGAAAGAUUGUUAACUCAAUAAAGGUGAAUUCCUGCUUGCUGCAGACUCUGAACAUG